AUGGUGACUAGUCCUCGAAUCGAUUCGAUGGACUAUAGAACCGAGCUUUUAUCACCUCCCCCGCCCGGCGAGGAUGCACCAGUCACAAGCGUGCCAUCAUGGCGUCUUAACAUGGAUAAAUUUCACUUGCCGGAGAGGCGCACAGAUUCUAAUUUUGGCAUUGGAAGUUUUUUUAAGACCUUGAGGAGGCAGAGGCAGAUUGCAGAAUAUUACAAGAAGCAGGAAGAGCUUCUUGAGGGAUUCAAUGAAGUGGACUCAUUCACUGAGUUGGGUAUUUUGCCUAAGGGCUUGACAGAGAAUGAAAUGAAGCAGCUAGCAAAGAGUGAGAAGAUAGCAAUAUAUGCAUCAAAUGUAGCAAACUUGGUGCUUUUCGCGGCAAAAGUUUAUGCUUCGGUUGAGAGUAGAUCAAUGGCUGUGAUAGCAUCAACUUUGGACUCCCUCUUGGAUCUCUUGUCAGGUUUUAUUCUGUGGUUUACUGAUUCUGCUAUGAAAAAACAGAAUCAGUAUCAGUAUCCCAUUGGCAAGCAGAGGAUGCAACCUGUGGGGAUAGUGGUUUUUGCAUCAGUAAUGGCAACUCUUGGACUACAAAUAUUGUUUGAAUCAGGAAGAGAGCUUAUUACAAAGACUCAGCCAGAGAGGGAUCCUACCAAACAAAAAUGGAUGAUAGGUAUCAUGGCCUCAGCUACGGUAAUCAAAUUUGCACUCACGGUAUAUUGUCGCAGAUUCGAAAGCGAAAUUGUCAGGGCAUAUGCUCAAGAUCAUUUAUUUGAUGUCAUUACUAAUGCUACUGGUCUAGCCACAGCUGUAUUGGCUAUCAAAUUUUACUGGUGGCUUGAUCCUAUUGGAGCUAUACUUAUAGCUAUAUACACAAUAAGCAACUGGGCAGGUACUGUAAUGGAGAAUGUUUGGUCGUUAAUUGGGAGGACAGCUCCAGCACAAUAUUUAGCAAAACUGACGUAUCUAAUUUGGAACCAUCACGAAGAGAUUAAGCAAAUUGAUACUGUUAGGGCAUACACAUUUGGUAAUCACUACUUUGUGGAAGCUGAUAUAGUCUUGCCAGAGGACAUGAACCUUGGUCAGGCGCAUAAUAUUGGAGAGACACUUCAAGAGAAGCUCGAACAACUUCCAGAAGUUGAACGAGCUUUCGUUCAUAUCGAUUUCGAAUUCACUCAUCAGCCAGAACACAAGCCUAAGCGAGCUGGUUGA